AUGCUACUCCCACGAUUAUGUGCGCCCACCCGGGCUGCAUUUGCGGCAUCCAGAAACCCACAUACCACAUCCAGUAUUUCCAACACCGCCCUCGAAGCUAUCCGAUGCAGCAAUGCCGCCCCUGCAACCACGAUUCUCUCCUUCGUCCGACACGCAACGCAUCAGUCUGAAGGCCGAGCAAACGGUCCCAAAGACGGGCCCGGAAAGCGACUAGGAGCCAAGAAGACAGGCGAACAGUAUGUCAUCCCAGGCAACAUCAUCUUCCGCCAACGCGGCACGCUCUGGUUCCCCGGCGAGAACUGCGACAUCGGCCGCGACCACACCAUCUUCGCGACGCAGCCGGGCUAUGUGAAGUACUACAAGGACCCGCUCAAGCACCCCAAACGGCAGUACAUUGGCGUCGUGUUUGAGAGGCAUCAGACGCUGCCGGUGCCGCCGAAUGCGGCGAGGAGGAGACGGCUGGGUAUGCUGGCGGUCAAGCGGGAAGAUAUAGAAGAGGCUAGGGAGGACGCAGUGGGAGAUCUGGUGGAAGGUGCAAAUAGUGGAGAGGGUAUGGUGAGGGAGACGCCGAGGGAAGACAAGGUCCCUCAGGUGGUGAAAACAGGGAACAAGGAGUUGGUCAUGCGGCCGGGAUAUAUGUAUCGCGAGGCGAACUGGCAGAUUGGCCGGGCGGCGGAGAAGAAGGGGGUCAAGGUUAACAAGUUUGACCGUGGGGACCGCUUUACAGCAUGGCGAAAGAGGAAUGCGCGGAAGGAGAGGAAUGCGGAGAGCAGGAGGUUGAGGACGAAGAAGAAGUGA